UCUUUCAUAAAAGAAAAUGCAGUGAAAAAGCUCAAAUAAAUUCUUAACUGACGCAAAAUGGCCACACAAAAGCCUGGAGAGUGGGCCUCAGGCCUAUUGGCACGUUUCGAAGAUCAGUUGCCGAAUAAAAUUGGGCCCUAUGGUACACAGGCGCGUAUGAGCCAGGACCAUUUGGUGGCUUGUCUUAUUAACAUCUCACGCUACCGAUUCUCUCUUGUCAUAUCGGGCUUAACGAAAAUGUUACAGCGUGUGAAUGAAGCCGCUUUGCAAAAUCGCCAUGAGCCGGAACGUUGUAACUUCGAAUCUCUGGUCAUCAUACUGACCACACUCGAACGAUGUCUGACUAAUCAGACUAAGGAUACAGCACGAUUUGAGGAAGCAAUGAACGUAAAAUUAUUGCUGCGCGAAAUAUCCCAAUUCAUAGAUGUACAAAGCGAUAGCAACCCGAAUGCUGCGCAAUUGAAGGCACUAGCAUCGAAAGUUCUCUUCGCCCUGUCACAAAAUCACUUCUCGGCCGUAUUUAAUCGCAUUUCGGCGCGUAUACAGGAAUUGACUUCAUGCUCGGAGGAAAAUCCUGACUACAACGACAUCGAAUUAAUACAGCACAUUGAUAUGGACAUGCUAAAGUUGACAAAGCUGUUACAAGAGACCAUCACAAAAUUUCGCUCCAAACGCGCACCACCAUUUAUUCUGCUCUAUUCGCUGGAGAAGGCUAUUUGGAAUUGGAUUGAAUACCAUCCACAAGAGUUUCAGGACUUACAACGCGGAACAAAUCGAGAUAUAUCAACCUGCUGGGAGCCCUUGCUUGAUUUUGUGGAAUAUUUUAAGGCCGAAAAUAAAAAGAGCAAAACAUUAGUCUGGCCGCUGCAGAUGCUGCUGCUCAUACUGAAUCCGUCUAGUCUGGAAGCCACUGUUAACGAAUUGCAACAAUCGGAAAAAGAGAAGGAGAAGGAAAAAGUGCCAUCGAAAUCUACACAGUCUGCGGCUCGUGAUAAGGAUUUCUCCGCCAAGCAAUUCAUUGAGGGUAUUAAACGUGGAUUGGGUCCACAUUCGCCUUCUAAGCAAGUCACCGAAUCGUCGGCGAUAGCUUGCGUCAAACUGUGCAAGGCGUCUACCUACAUAAAUAUUAAUGAUUCAAACAAUGUAGUCUUCAAACUGGUGCAAUAUUUCAUUAAUGAUUUGAAAGCAUUGCUUUUUAAUCCAGUCAAACCAUUUUCACGCGGACAGGGCUACAAUUUUGCGGAUAUUGAACUGAUGAUUGAUUGCUGGGUCUCAUGCUUUCGAAUCAAUCCUCAUAAUAUUGAGGCCUUGAAAGUUUGCCUUAAUCUAUCAUCACCACAAGCGUAUCACUUCGUGAUUGUAUGCUCCCUUCUACGCUUGGCCCACAUUUAUGUUGAUUUUCGCUUGCAAAACAAAAAUCCAUUUCGCAUUGUCAACCAGCCACGACUCUCCUGGUGGCCACAAACCGAUGUUGUGCAUUAUAGGUCCGCGGAACUUCGUGCUCUUUUUACCGAUACCUUAAAUAAGGCCACACAGGGUUAUAUAGCACACACGCCAUUGCGUAUGAUCACAUCCCUGACAUUAAAAUCUAAAGAUACUCAGAAGGGUCUUACUCGAGCUGAAGAGGGUCCAGCACACAAAAUGCUAUUAUUGUUACUAGUGCGACUUAUACAUGCAGAUCCAACGUUGCUGUUAAAUACUCAAGGAAAAGUCGCCCAUGAGGUGCAAAGCUCUACACUUGAACUAAUUAAUGGCCUGGUCAGCCUGGUGCAUCAGACCACAAUGCCGGAUGUGGCACAAGAGGCUAUGGAAGCACUACUUGCCCUGCAUGCUCCCGAAAAGAUCGAAGUGUGGAAUCCAGAAGCUCCCAUCAACACCUUUUGGGAUGUUAGCUCGCAGGUGUUGUUCUCUAUAUCACAAAAACUUAUACAACAUCAAAUAGCCAAUUACACGGACGUCCUUAAAUGGCUGCGCGAAAUUCUUAUAUGUCGCAACACAUUUCUGCAGCGUCACAAGGAUUAUGCGCAUGUGGGCAGUCAAAUUGCCAUUUGCAAGCAAGCACACAUUAAGAUGGAGGUGGUUUUCUUCAUGUAUCUGUGGUCCGUAGACUUGGAUGCAGUCCUUAAUUCACUCUCCUGUUUUGCUUUGCUUUGCGAGCAGGCUGAAAUUUGCUGUAGUUCUGAUGAGUUGACGGUUGGUUUUAUAAUGCCAAAUUAUCACAUUUAUCAAGAACUCGCACAGCUCUCAUCAUCUGCCACCGAUACACGCAUCUGCUUUUUGGAGAACAAUCAUGGCAACGUUUUGAGCCGCCUGACAUUACAAAAACGAAUUAUGACGUUGCUGCGCAAAAUCGAGCAUUGUGUGCAUGGCGUUCAGCCGGCCUGGGAGGAGACUUUUCGUAAUUGGGAAGUAUCUAGUAAGGUUCUGCAGACAUAUCCAAAAUGCAAGAGCGAAGAUGGCCAGGCGGAAAUGUUUCAUCGCGGAAUGGGCAAACGGCGUGCCAGUCAUCAGAGCUCAGAGCACGAUCUGGAGGAGCAAAUAAACGAGUGGGCCAACAUGACGUGGUUUCUACUCGCCCUUGGCGGUGUCUGUCUGCAAAAACGCAAUAGCAGUCGUCAAAUGUUGCUACAGCAAUCGCAGAAUAAUGCGUCGGUCGGUUCAUUGGCACAAGCAUCACUGUACUCUAGUUCCACCAGUUCUGGACAUGGCUCAUUGCAUCCGAGUACGAUCUCUUUGUCAGCAAUUCCGGCACCACCGCCGCAAGACAUAACAUAUUGUCCGGUAACACAAUUCAUAGGACAGCUUCUACGCCUGCUCGUCUGCAGCAAUGAAAAAAUUGGUCUCAACAUACAAAAAAAUGUUAAGGAACUGGUUGGCGAGGAAAUGUCCACUCAACUCUAUCCCAUUCUGUUCGAUCAAAUACGCGCUAUAGUUGAAAAGUUCUUUGAUCAGCAGGGACAAGUGAAUGUUACUGAUAUCAACACACAAUUUAUCGAGCAUACGAUCUACAUCAUGAAAUCCAUACUUGAUCCAAAGGCUAACAAAGAUCCCAACAAUGAGCAACCAUCGCCAUCAGAACACUUGGGUGUGACCAGCAUUGAGGGUAUGAUGUUGGGCAUUGUACGUUAUGUGCGUCAUCUUGACAUGACAGUCUAUGCCAUUCGCAUAAAAACCAAGCUUUGCCAGUUGGUUGAGGUUAUGAUGAAGCGACGCGAUGAUUUGGCUUUUAGGCAGGAGAUGAAAUUUCGUAAUAAGUUGGUGGAAUAUUUAAGUGAUUGGGUGAUGGGGUCAGGCCACCAGAUCGCUCCCCCUAACUCGGCAGACGCCUCAAUCUUAACCAACACUUCAUUGAUCUUUCGUGACCUUGAUCAGGCCUGCAUGGAGGCUGUGGCCGCGUUAUUGCGCGGAUUGCCUUUACAGCCAGAAGAAUCGGAUCGUGGCGAUUUAAUGGAUGCUAAGAGCGCGUUGUUUUUAAAAUAUUUUACUCUCUUCAUGAAUUUACUAAAUGAUUGCAUCGAUAGUUCGGAGGCGGAAAAGGAAAUGAACAAUACGCCUCUGCUACCGCCACGCCCACGGAUGGCAGCGGGAAAGCUGACGGCUUUGCGAAACGCCACCAUACAGGCUAUGUCCAAUCUGCUGGGCGCCAACAUUGACUCGGGUCUAAUGCAUUCGAUUGAUUUGGGCUAUAAUCCGGAUUUGCAGACUCGCGCUGCUUUUAUGGAGGUGUUAACACAAAUUCUUCAGCAGGGCACAGAGUUUGAUACGCUCGCUGAGACGGUAUUGGCAGAUCGAUUCGAGCAGCUGGUGCAGCUUGUGACUAUGAUCAGUGAUAAGGGCGAGCUGCCUAUUGCCAUGGCACUGGCCAAUGUGGUGACCACAUCGCAAAUGGAUGAGCUCGCCCGUGUACUGGUCACACUCUUCGAUGCCAAGCAUUUGCUUUCACCGCUACUCUGGAACAUGUUCUAUCGUGAGGUGGAGGUGUCUGAUUGCAUGCAGACGCUAUUUCGUGGCAAUUCAUUGGGCAGCAAAAUCAUGGCGUUUUGCUUUAAAAUCUACGGCGCGGCAUAUUUACAAUUGUUACUGGAGCCCUUGAUUCGUCCACUGUUGGAUGAGCAGGCAGAAACUUGCUUUGAAGUGGACCCUGCGCGUCUGGACGCUAGCGACGAUAUUGAACAGAAUCGCAACAACUUAAUUGCACUCACACAGAAAGUAUUCGACGCUAUUAUCAAUUCCUCGGACCGUUUUCCGCCGCAAUUGCGCUCCAUGUGCCACUGUUUGUAUCAGGUGCUCAGCAAGCGUUUUCCCAACCUGCUGCAAAAUAAUAUUGGUGCUGUGGGUACGGUCAUCUUUUUGCGCUUCAUCAAUCCGGCUAUAGUUUCUCCUCAGGAGCUGGGAAUUGUGGGCAAACAGGUGCCCAGCUCGGCGAAACGAGGUCUCAUGCUGAUGUCAAAAAUACUGCAGAACAUUGCAAAUCAUGUAGAGUUCUCGAAAGAGCAGCACAUGCUUUGCUUCAAUGAUUUUCUACGUGAUCAUUUUGAGGCCGGACGUCGUUUCUUCAUACAAAUUGCCUCCGAUUGCGAAACUGUGGACCAAACAUCGCACAGCAUGAGUUUGAGUUUCAUAUCUGAUGCCAAUGUGCUGGCGCUACAUCGUUUGUUGUGGACUCAUCAGGAGAAAAUUGGUGAUUAUCUGUCGAGCAGUCGUGAUCACAAGGCCGUCGGACGUCGACCAUUCGAUAAGAUGGCCACGUUGCUGGCCUAUUUGGGACCGCCGGAACACAAACCGGUCGAUUCACACAUUAUGUUUAGCUCGUAUGCGCGAUGGAGCUCCAUUGACAUGUCGUCUACGAACUUUGAAGAGAUUAUGGUGAAGCAUCAAAUGCACGAAAAGGAGGAGUUUAAAACAUUAGAAUCCACCAAUAUAUUCUAUCAAGCGGGAACCAGUAAAGCGGGCUAUCCUGUUUUCUAUUACAUUGCGCGGCGUUACAAAAUUGGAGAAACCAAUGGCGAUCUUCUUAUAUACCAUGUCAUUCUGACACUCAAGCCCUUCUGCCACUCACCCUUCGAGGUAAUUAUUGACUUUACGCAUACCUGCUCGGAUAAUCGCUUCCGUACCGAGUUUCUGCAAAAGUGGUUCUAUGUUCUACCCACCGUUGCCUAUGAAAACGUGCAUGCUGUUUACAUAUAUAACUGCAACUCGUGGGUGCGAGAGUACACCAAGUUUCACGAUCGCAUACUGUCACCACUUAAGGGCAAUCGCAAGCUACUGUUCCUGGAGUCGCCGAGCAAACUGAGCGAUUACAUUGAUGCGGAGCAGCAGAAGUUGCCAGGUGCAACACUUUCUCUGGAUGAAGAUCUGAAGGUGUUCAGUAAUGCACUCAAACUGAGUCACAAAGAUACAAAAGUGGCAAUAAAAGUGGGUCCCACGGCAUUGCAAAUAACGUCGGCAGAAAAAACCAAAGUGCUAGCGCAUUCGGUGCUGCUUAAUGAUGUCUACUAUGCCUCCGAAAUUGAAGAAGUUUGCUUGGUGGAUGAUAACCAAUUUACGCUCUCGAUCACCAAUGAGAGUGGCCAAUUAAGCUUUAUUCAUAAUGACUGCGAUAAUAUUGUGCAGGCCAUAAUACAUAUACGCAAUCGUUGGGAGCUUAGUCAACCGGAUUCGGUUACAGUGCAUCAGAAGAUUCGACCCAAGGAUGUGCCGGGCACAUUGCUGAAUAUGGCGCUGCUGAAUUUGGGCUCUUCGGAUCCAAAUCUGCGUACAGCUGCCUACAAUUUACUGUGUGCUCUAACCGCAACCUUCGAUUUGAAAAUAGAGGGUCAAUUGUUAGAGACCCAAGGCCUUUGCAUACCCUCCAACAACACAAUAUUUAUCAAGUCGGUGAGCGAGAAACUGGCCACGAAUGAACCGCACUUGACGCUGGAGUUCCUGGAGGAAUCCAUACAAGGUUUUCAACGAAGCACCAUUGAAUUGAAGCACUUGUGCUUGGAGUACAUGACACCGUGGUUGAAAAAUUUGGUGAAGUUCUGUAAAUCCAAUGAUGAUUCUAAGCGUCUGAAAGUCUCGCAGAUUCUGGAUAAACUCAUUUGCGUAACUAUCGAUCAAAAGGAAAUGUAUCCAUCGGUUCAGGCUAAAAUCUGGGGCUCUAUUGGCCAAAUACCUGAGCUCAUUGACAUGGUGCUCGAUAACUUUUUGCACAAAUCCAUUACCUAUGGAUUAGGAUCGCCUCAGGUGGAGAUAAUGGCGGACACGGCCGUUGCCUUGGCAUCGGCCAAUGUGCAAAUGGUUUCGAAAAAAGUGAUUACACGUAUGUGUCGUGUCAUGGACAAGACAUGCACGAAUCCUACACAGUACCUGGAGCAGCACAUGAUGUGGGAUGAUAUUGCCAUAUUGGGACGCUACCUGCUCAUGUUGUCGUUUAACAAUUGCCUGGACGUGGCCACACACUUGCCAUAUCUCUUCCACACCAUCACAUUUCUGGUGUGCUCGGGCUCGCUCUCGAUGCGCGCCUCCACGCAUGGCCUGGUCAUUAAUAUAAUACACUCUUUGUGCACCUGCGAUAAGCCAAUAUUUCCUGAAGAGUCGCAGCGUGUACUCCGUCUCUCCCUCGAUGAAUUCUCCUUGCCAAAAUUUUACUUGCUCUUCGGCAUUAGCAAAGUCAAAUCGGCGGCUGUCACUGCCUUCCGCUCCAGCUGUCGUCAUCCCACUGACAAAUGGUUGGGCAAUGAGCGCGUGACACAACCGUUGCCCGCAGACCGCGAGCGUUUGUCGCUGCCCUCUUUGGAAGUUAUUACCGAUGCAUUGCUCGAGAUCAUGGAGGCUUGCAUGCACAGUGUUCCCAACUGCGAUUGGCUGCACACAUGGACCUCCUUGGCCCGUAGUUUCGCCUUUUGCUAUAAUCCUGCAUUACAGCCCAGAGCUCUAAUUGUCUACGGCUGCAUUAGCAAGAGUGUGACGGAUCAUGAGGUGAAACAAUUGUUGCGUAUAUUGGUUAAAGCGCUAGAAUCGUUCAAUGACAUUAUUCUGAUUGAGGCGCUGGUCAUGUGCCUGACUAGAAUACAACCACUCCUGCGUCCCGAGUCGCCCAUACAUCGCGCCCUGUUCUGGGUGGCCAUAUCGGUAUUGCAAUUGGAUGAGAUUACGCUCUAUGGAGCGGGCCUGGCUCUGCUUGAGCAGAAUUUGCACACACUCAAGUCGCAGGGUUGCUUUGACAAGAAGGAAACCAUAGCCGAGGUAAUGAUGAAAACACGCGAGAAGCUUGAAUGGCAUUUCAAGCAGUUGGACCAUGCUGUGGGCCUCUCCUUUCGCAGCAAUUUUCAUUUUGCUCUCGUUGGACAUCUUAUCAAGGGCUUCCGUCAUCCCACGCCCACGACAGUUUCGCGCACAUCACGUGUGCUAACCAUGCUGUUGGGCAUUAUAGCCAAGCCCUUGCAUCGUGACAAGUUUGAGGUUACGCCGGACAGUGUCGCCUAUCUAACGGCUCUGGUUGCUGUCUCCGAGGAGGUGCGCUCCCGUUGCCAUGUCAAGCACACGCUACCCCGCUGGCCCGCCGAACUUGGCACAAGCAUGGAGAAUAGCGAGCCGCCAAAUGGAGUGACAUCAAUUGGCCAGCCUCUGUCGCGUCGCCAGAAGAGUUGGGAUAUCUUGGAUCAAUCCGCCUUACAGUUUGCGCGCCAACAUAAAGUACCUACACUACAGAAUGCCCGAGUUUUAUUUAAAACUCAACGCUCCUUUUCGGUACCAACAACCAAAGAUCCGAAUAAUGCGCCCGGCAUCGAAGAACGUCAGGAACGCGGCUCACGCUCCUCUGUUUCUAACGAAUCGAAUGUUUUGCUGGAUCCUGAGGUCAUACCAGAUCUCUCCAUACAGGCCUUAGUGCUGACUGUGCUGGCCACUUUGGUCAAGUACUCAUCUGAUGAGAGCGAAACACGAGUGCUAUAUCAGUAUUUGGCUGAGGGUUCCGUAGUAUUUCCAAAAGUGUUUCCAGUCAUACACUCACUGCUGGAUCAGAAAAUAAAUAACAUUUUGUCAGUGUCCCAUGAUCAAGUUGUUCUGAACUCUGUGCAAAAUAUUAUACAAAACAUGUUGGCUAGUGAGGAUCCUUCUCAGCAACAGUUGCACUUCCUGCAAAGCUGCGGCUUUGGCGGUCUCUGGCGGUUUGCAGGGCCCUUUACCAAGUACAACAUGAUGGGCGAGUCAUCGGAACUGUUUGUCAACUGUUUGGAGGCUAUGGUCGAAACAUGUCUGCCUGGUGAUGAGACGGCGCCGGUGCCACCAUCACCACGGCCGUACAAUCUAAGCUCUAGCUUGAGCAGCCUAACUCUAGGAUCACCCACAGAUAAAGCAUUCUCAUCGGAAUCAUUAGACUUUUACGAUAACUGUGCGGGCAGCGUCAGCUCGUUGCGUCGUGCCUCUCACAGCAAAUCACGCGCCAAGCAUCGAAUCAAUGAAAGUCCAUCCCAUUGAUUGAAAUCAGCACUUAAUCCAAUUGAUUAAUAAAACGGUCGAAAGCAACCGAACGAGCAAAAAAUUAACAUAAAGCACCGAACUAAUCAUACAUUCACAAACGUGUUAAACUUUUGUCGGUUGCUAAUUGUCUAUCGAAUGAAGCAGCAGGAACAACUACAACAUGUACCUACUAUCUACACAAAAUGGCAUAAUUAUAUUUCAUUCUUUUGACUAACACUAUGUAUCUAAUAACACAACAUUUUCUAAUUCUUCAUUAAUACUU